ACUUAGAGAUUCCCGCCUCCUGGAGGCCCGCAACAAAGCGCUGAGUCACGCUGACUGACAGCAGGCGCUCCGCAAACCUGUCCUCCCUGCGCUGUGUCCCUGCUGCUGUGGAGUGUAGGCACCGCCGGCCUUGGCCUCCCUCCUGGGCCUGCGCUACUGCCGACUCAACACCAGAACUUUCUUUAUAAACUCCAAAAUGGCAUCCUCUAAAAAGGUCACUCUCUCAGUGCUCAGCCGGGAGCAGCCAGAGGGGGUUGGAGCACGCGUGCGCAGAAGCAUUGGCAGACCUGAGUUGAAAAUUCUGGAUCCAUUUCUACUGUUUGAUGAAUUUAAAGGAGGAAGGCCGGGAGGAUUUCCUGACCAUCCACACCGAGGAUUUGAAACCGUGUCUUAUCUUCUGGAAGGGGGCAGCAUGGCCCAUGAAGACUUUUGUGGACAUGUUGGUAAAAUGAACCCAGGAGACCUACAGUGGAUGACUGCAGGACGAGGCAUUCUGCAUGCCGAAAUGCCUUGCUCAGAGGAGCCAGCUCAUGGCUUACAGCUGUGGGUCAAUUUGAGACGCUCAGAAAAGAUGGUGGAGCCUCAGUACCAGGAACUGAAAAGUGAAGAGAUCCCGAAACCCACCAAAGAUGGUGUGACAGUCGCUGUCAUUUCAGGAGAAGCCUUGGGAAUAAAGGAUGCCGAGCACUGGUGGCAAAGUUCCCCGGGGAAGGCAAUUGGACAUAGGGGGUCCCAGCCCAUAUUUCCUCAGUCGAAGGUUUACACUCGCACACCAACCUUAUAUCUGGACUUCAAGCUGGACCAAGGAGCAAAGCACUCCCAGCCCAUUCCUAAAGGAUGGACAAGCUUCAUCUAUACCAUCUCUGGAGAUGUAUAUAUUGGGCCUGAUGAUGCUCAACAGAAGAUAGAACCACAUCACACUGCAGUGCUUGGAGAAGGUGACACUGUCCAGUUGGAAAAUAAGGACCCCCAAAGAAGCCAUUUUGUCUUAAUUGCUGGGGAGCCAUUAAGAGAACCAGUUGUUCAACAUGGUCCGUUUGUGAUGAAUACCAAUGAGGAAAUUUCACAGGCAAUUCUUGACUUCAGAAAUGCAAAAAAUGGUUUCGAGGGGGCCAAAACCUGGAAGUCAAAGAUUGGAAACUAAUGAGGAGCCGAAGUGCUGCCCUGCCACUCGGAUGGACUGACCAUGCAGUAUAUUCAGUCUCUGAAGCUGGCUUAACUGGUGCUUCUAAAGCAUUCCACAUUAAGCUGGACGUGGUGUUGCAAGCCUUUAAUCCCAGCGCUCUAGGAGUCAAGAGACAUUGGGGAAUCUCUGUUUUUGAAGCCCAUCUGUCUACAGGGUGAGUUCCAGGACAGCCAGGGCUACAGAAAGAAGCUCUGUCUUGAAAACGCAAAAAUAAAAGCAUAGAAUUCCACAUUAAAAUAAAAAGAUGUAUUUUUUGUAAUAAGUCUUCAGAAUGCAUUAUAUUCAUGUGUGAAAUUGUCAAAGAACAAGUUAAAUUUAAAAAGGAUGUAAUGUACGAUAUUUCCUGAUACAUGGGAAUAAUUUUGUUGUUUUUUUUUAAAAAAAUCAAUGUUCAUCAUUUGGUGGAAAUUAUUA